AUGUUUUAUCAAGAUUUGGUAUCCGCCGCAUUCACAGCGGUUUUUGGUAGAGGGCUUCGUUCAAAUUCUAUUCAUCAACUUUUCAGUCAAACUCACCUGAGCACGGUUCCCUUAUGGCAGCCACCGUCACCAUCGCCUUUCCGCGCUAUCACGAGUUCAGCUCACAAUGGAAUAAUUGUUCAGAAUCCCAUCCAAAAUAUCGUAGUUGACUACCUAGAUCUAGCAGAGCUUGAUCCUCGAUUCCAUUUUGAUUUCCAGAACGUCAUACGUCCUUAUUGGAACUGCUUUAGAGGGAACUAUAACUAUCCAUAUCAACGACCGUACGGUUGGUACAGAAUAGCUUUAAACGUUCUCGGAAGAUACCAGGACGGCAACAUUUGGCUCGGUCCUAACGGUCUACGUAAUGCACCAGUUAAAGGAGAAUGGCCCGUCUCGUAUCACGGUACAAAUAUCGAGUUCGUUCACAACAUCAUAAAACAGGGUUUAAGGCCCGGCCCGAGUGCAAGGUUUGGCAUCGGCAUCUACAGCAGCCCCAUUAUUGAAAUGAUUGAACGGAUGGGUUAUGCAAAGGCUUUUAAACAUAAUGGUAAAGUUUACAAAGUUGCGCUACAAAAUCGUGUCGAUCCUGAUCACCUCCAGAUUAUCCCAGCCGUAUUUACAGGUACUGGAGCUGACUACUGGCUGUCAAAAUCUGGAGGCAUACGUCCUUAUGGUGUGCUCAUCAAAGAAGUUGCAAUUGGAUGCUAAUUCUUAGAACACAACAGCGACGCCAAUGAAUGAGGGAGAAACAUAAUAUAUAUAAUCGGACGAUACAAUUUUCUUGACACAAAAUUUGCAACUCUCACUCAUUCCUGUUAGCAUGAAUAUGAUAUUCAGCGUCAUACAUGUGCGGAAAGUUCCUGAGUUAAAGGAUUAU